GAUUUUGACGUUUAGUUCGAUUGAAUAUGCUGUGAAUUAAUAACGAAGCAAUAAUAAAAUGAAUGAUUUGAAUUGAUAACUUCGCUUUAGGACCAAUUUAUUUAUUUGGAGCGUAUUGCGACAGUGGUUAGAUAACUGAUCUCGUCUCUACUGCUUUUAUCAGUUACGUAAAACAUGGUGUUAUCUCAGUACAAAGUGUUGAAAAGUUUUAAAUUAUUUGUUACUCCAAGUAGAAAUAUGCAUUUAUUGAAGAAAGAAGGAUACAUUGAUGGAAAGUGGGUAAAAGCAAAUAACAAUGCUGUUUUUUCGGUACUUAAUCCGGCAGAUGACAGCGUGAUUGCCGAAAUUCCAGAUAUGAAUGAUACCGAUGCUAAAAAUGCUAUAGAAGCCGCUUCGAAAUCAUUCCAAACUUGGAAAGAUACGACAGCAAAGGAAAGGUCAUACAUACUAAGGAAUUGGUUUAACUUGUGCGAGAAACAUAGCGGUGACUUGGCUGAGAUAAUCACCGCUGAAUGUGGAAAACCUUUAGUAGAAGCCAAAAGCGAAAUUGUUUAUGGUAAUUCAUUUUUAGAAUGGUUUGCGGAUACGGCUCGGCAUAUCAAUGGAGAGAUUAUACCAAGUCCAUGGCCUAAUAAGCAAAUUCUCUUAACUCGUCAACCUCUCGGUGUAGUGUCUGUUAUAACACCUUGGAAUUUCCCAUUUGCUAUGAUUACACGCAAAGUGGGGGCUUUAAUGGCUGCUGGAUGUACUUGUGUAAUUAAACCAUCUGAAGAUACCCCAUUGUCGGCUUUAGCUGCAGUGAGUCUUGCAGAACAAGCUGGUGUACCUAAAGGUGUUAUUAAUGUAAUUACUUCAAGCAGGAAGAAUGUCAACACUGUUGGUAAAGUGUUAUGUGAACAUGAAAAAGUUGGAUGCAUAUCUUUCACUGGGUCUACAGUUGUUGGAAAAAUAUUGUAUAGUAUGGCUGCAACUGGCAUUAAACGGGUUGCUCUAGAGUUGGGUGGUAAUGCUCCUUUUAUUGUGUUUCCUAGUGCAGACAUCGAACACGCUUUAGAUCAAGCUAUGUUAGCGAAAUUCAGAAAUAAUGGUCAAGCAUGUAUAGGUGCAAACAGGUUUCUUAUUCAUGAAGAUGUCUUCGACAAGUUUGUGAAUGGUUUUAAAGCAAGAAUUACACAAAAAUGUGUAUUAGGGCCUGGCACUAAAGAAGGUGUGACAUGUGGGCCUUUGGUCAAUAAUGCACAUGUGAAGAAAGUGGCAGAUUUUGUUAAUGAUGCCAUUUCUAAAGGAGCCAAAGUGUUAGUUGGUGGUAAAGUAGCUAAGAACUUGGGAGAUAACUUUUAUGAAUCUACUUUAUUGGUUAAUGUAAAACCAGAUAUGAAACUGUACAAUGAGGAAAUAUUUGGGCCAGUGGCUGCUUGCCUUAAGUUUAAAACUGAGGAAGAAGUAUUAAAAAUAGCAAACAGUACAAGAAGUGGCUUGGCAUCAUAUGUGUUUACAAAAGAUUUAGGACAGUCAUUUAGAAUGUCAAGGAACUUAGAUUUUGGAAUGGUAGCAAUUAAUGAUGGUAUCAUGUCUGCUGCUGAACCGGCAUUUGGAGGGAUUAAAGAGUCUGGAAUUGGAAGAGAAGGAAGUAAGCAUGGAGCUGAAGAAUAUACUGAUAUUAAAUAUACUUUGAUGUCUGGUCUUGAUAAAUAAAUAAUUCAGGAAAAUUUUAGUGUAUUGGCAUUGUGUAUUUGAAAUAUGUUUAUUAGAUGUAAUUGUUACACAUAUGUUCUGUUAGAUGUUUAAGAUAAAGUCAUGAUAUUUAGAAUAUAUUGUCUGUAAUGUGUGUAAAUCUAACUAAUUUAUGAACUAACUAUAGUUCAAAGCCACGGUGGGCAACAGUCGGCCCGGGAGACAUUUUGAAAAACCUAAUUUAUAAUAACAUUGUUUAUAUAUUUCAUGUGUGAUAUCCAUUGUUAAAAAAUUAUGAGCACUACAACACUACUUUAAAAUGUACUACUUUUAAAUGCAGCCUGGGAAUGUAUUUGCACAGUAACGUUUGGCCCACAACAUGUCCAAGGUUGCCCAUACCUGGCUUAGAGUAUUAAUUUAAAUUAUAAAAUUAUGUAAAUGUGCAAUAUUUAAAAAUAUUUACUAUAUGCAAAGGUGUAAUUAAAAGAAUUUAAUUAAUAGUAAACCAUUCCAGUCUUCCAGUGAAUUGUGAUAAUCUAGCAGUUAUUAUAGACAAUUCAUGAUGAAUAAAUAUAAUCUCUUGCAUUUAUUGUAAACUUUUAUUUGUGCCAUUUUGUUAUAACUGGCUAUAGUUAACUAAAACUAUAAUUUUAAGGUAGAAAAAAUAUUAUCAUUUCAUUUGUCAGUUAAUUUUUGUGUUAAGUAUGUAUAGUCAACAGCACAUCAGAUUAUACAAAUCUGUCAAAUUUCUCCAAUUUUAAAUAACUCCACUUUAUUUUAAACCUUAAUCUUUUGACUGUAGGCUUUAAAAUCAACUGGAGAAAUUUGAUAUAUUGUGGUAACCUGACAUACAGCCGUAUGUACAAAUACCAGUUAUUUUAUAAUAUUAAGUAUUGCAAAUGUUACAAGUGAAUAUAUUUGUUUUACCAUUC